AUGAAUUGCAACGAGCUUCAAGAACACGCUAGAGCAGAUUGCUUCCUUGUCAAGAAACCAAGGGCGCUGCAAUGGUUCUACAAGGGAGAGCUCCAAAAGGAAAAGGAAGAGGAGCGCCAGGCAGGGCGGUUUGAGCUCUUCCUUGACCUUCUAUAUGUUGCUAUUGUCGCAAACUUUAGCGACGAGCUCGCUGAACAUCCCGAUGGAGCUCAUUUGGCAAAGUACAUACUUAUCUUUGCGCCGGCUUGGCAUAUCUGGGCUGAUCUUCGCGAGAUUAUGAACUCGUACUACACCGAUGAUAUCCUACAGCGCCUGGUCAUUCUUUGGGUCAUGGCCCUUCUUGUACUGUAUGCUAACAAUGCCAACGACGCGGAUGUGGACAUUGCAGCGAUGCGCACGACUGUUGGAGCGUAUCUUGUUGCGCGCUUCACUACGCUCACUGUCUUCCUCGUCACCUCGUUCGCAGCGUAUCAGCAUCGUGCUCAAGCUCGAAUUAUGGCUGGUUUCAUGUUUAUCGGUUUGAUCAUCACCAUCCCCCUCUUCUUGGAGGAUAUCAGUAUCCGCGCAAAAUCCGCCAUUGUCGCUGUGGGAAUAUUCUACCAGGAAGCAACAUGGGCGCUUACUUUGAGCCCCUGGAUCAAGGGAAAGCUGAAUUUGACCUACAGCACGGCCGUGGAUAUUGCGCACGAGAUUGACCGCAUGGGUGCAUUCUUCAUCAUCAUCCUUGGUGAAUUCGUGUACAGCAUCAUUGUUGGAAACAAGACGGGCAUCGGCUUGACUUCUGGCUAUGCCAAGGCUGUCUGCACACUGAUAAUAGCGUUUGUGCUUAACUGGAUCUACUCGAGCGGCGACGGCAGCGUACAAGCCGUACAUCCAAUCCGGCGAUCAGCUUGGACAGCCUUUGGCUUUUUCCUCCUGCACCUCCCACUCGCAGCGUCGUUCCUAAUCGGAGGACACGUCGCAGCAGCAAGCACCGCGAUAGAGGAGUUCGAAGACGGACAGCGCUGGCUUGUCGGCGGAGGUCUUGGAGUCGGCAUGUUCUGCCUUUGGGUGUAUGGGAUGCUGUACCGAGUAGAUGGCGAGUGCGCGCUUCUCAUGGGCCAGACUCUGCGGAUUGGUAUGAGGUUGGUCAUUGCCAUCGUUCUCAUCAUAAUACCCGAGUCGCAUAAUCAUCUCAAUGCCGAGGAUUUCAUGUUUGUCGUCAUGGGUUUGUUUGCGUUUCUCUUGAUAUGGGAGACUUUGGGAGGUUUGUCCAAGACAUCAAAGCUUUUUGAGCCUUGGACGGAUAGGCACCCGCCCCCAGAGGAGGAUGACAGAGAAGGCUUGGCUGGUUAG